AUGGGUGAACUUCUCCAAUAUGCCAUUGGUGGGACGUUCAUCACCACUGCUUUGAUCAUGGGCAUCGGUUGUAUGGUUGUCUUCAAUGUUGUUAAUGACAUCAACAGCUUCCGAGAUGAAAUAGAAAAGGAUCUUGACCAGUUUAGGAAUUAUGCCGACGAUGCUUGGAAGACAAUGAUGAGUAGCAAACCACAAAGGCGGAACGCAUUCAUCUAUCUACGUGCUAAAAGGGCAGGAACAUAUUCAGAAGGGCCAGUAGGUGCUGGCGGAGGUUCUUGGGGAGGAAGUAGUGGGGGUGGAGGAGAAUGGAGCGGAAUCAGCGGUGGCGGCGGAGGCGGCGGUGGAUGUCAAUGUGCUGCUCAGGCUAGUGGAUGCCCAAGAGGUCCCCCAGGACCACCUGGAUUGCCUGGACAUCCUGGAGAAGACGGUAUACCAGGUAUGCCCGGAGGUGCAGGGCAAAGUGGACAUGCGGCGUCUAUGGGGCAUGCUACGGGAUGCAUUACUUGUCCAGCCGGGCCCCCCGGCCCACCAGGACCGAGCGGAGCACCAGGACCAGCUGGACCACCUGGAAAUCCAGGAAUGGACGGACAUGGAGGAGAAGGAGGUGCCCCUGGACCAGCCGGAGCUCCUGGCGCCCCUGGUGCAAAUGGAAACCCUGGAGCACCAGGAAUGGAUGGAGCACCUGGCGCUCCAGGAACUCGUUCACGCAGUAUGCCCGGUCCUAUGGGUCCACCGGGACCACCAGGAGCACCCGGCAUGCCAGGCAUGGAUGGUAAUCACACAGGCGGUGGAGCACCCGGACCUGCAGGACCACCGGGACCAGCAGGAAACCCUGGAGCACCGGGAGCUCCUGGAGGUGUGGGACAAGCUGGAUCGAAUGGUGCACCAGGAGGUGAUGGAGCAUAUUGUCCCUGCCCACCACGCAGCAACAGCGCUUUGCUCAAGAAACGCGCUCGUGUACUGUGA